UCACCAAAACCCUUAAAAAUGUGUAUCAAAGCGUUCAUGGAAACAACUUCACUAAACCCUAGUGCUCAAGAAUGGUGGCCAUCUUCACACUACCAGCAUGUUUUCUUCGCACCGCCAUUGCACUACCAGCCUCUGCCACCGCCGGCGGCGGUUCAGGUAGUGACGGUUUCAGCUGCGCCACCGCCGCAGGAGAUCAUGGCGGCAUUUGAGAUUCCUCAACUUUCAUACUGUCAUGCACUUCCGGUGAACCCGUACGUGAUGCCAUGCGCACAACCACCGCCUCGGCCUUUUUACCACCACUCCACGUUUGCUUCUUUUCCGGCGAGUGAUCCCUACUUUCACGAGGCGGCGACACCGAUUCCAAACUUCGUGAGCGAUGGGUUUGAAACGGUGAUGAACUUUUCGGAGAGCCCGACGACUGAGAAAAGUCCGAAAUGCCAUCCAGUCUCUUGUGGGAGAAAGUUCUUUUCACCUCCUCCGAGAAGGGCAACGAGGUCAUUUAGUAUGGACUCGAAGUCGGCGCGUAAGCAGGAGUUUAGGCCUAGGAAAGCAUACUCUGAUAAUGGCCUUCGUGGUGGUGCCGCCGUCCAUUCACCGCCGGCUAAGGCGAUGUCUAUUGAUGAGGAGUUUUCACCUUGUUCAGCAACAACUGUCAUGAUAAAAAACAUCCCUAAUCAAUUAAGGAGGGAUUAUAUGCUAGAGUUUAUAGACUUAUACUGCAAUCAUUAUUCUUUGGAAUAUGAUUUCCUCUAUCUGCCCAUGGAUUUCAGAAAGAGGGAUAAUCUGGGAUACUGCUUUGUGAAUUUCACAAGCACUGCUGCUGCUGAGAAAUUCAAGCAAGUUAUACACAAGUACGAAUGGGGAACUGUUCAGACUGGCUGCGGUUUCAUUACUUCCAACAAAGUUUGCGAGACCACUUGGGCUAGAAUCCAGGGCAAACAAAGUUUAUUGAAAAGGUUCCAGGCUUCGAAGUUUGAUUGCGACAAAUUGGAUUACUUGCCGGUGGUACUUGAUCCACCUCGCAACGGGUCGGAUCCCAUACGCGCUCCUCCUGUUGUUAUUGGGAAGCUGCAAAAGAGGGCUGUUAGCAAGAUGUACUACUGAUCAUCUCUCUCUCUCUCUCUCUCUCUCUGAGCAGUUGUUGUAAGUAUGGGUUUGUUCUUGUAAGUUAGUAGUAUGCGGUAGGUACUUGUCCGGCGAUUUUACAUAGGCAUUGACAGCCUGUGUUUCCAUUGUCCCCCUGGAUUUGUGGUGUUUUGAUUAAGGGCUGGCUGGGGUGAAAUGGAAACAUGGGACUUGUUCCUUUUGCUGGACUAUCCAACUAUGUUUUCUCGGCUUUGUAAUAUUUGUUAACUACUCCAUUUCGUUGCAGUCAUCCGUCUAUUUAUUUCCCUGU